GAAGAAUAUGGCGAUUAGUGGUGUGAUGAAGACGAAGAUGAAAUCGCGCAUGGAACGAGACGAAGAGUUAACACUUUUCAGGGAAUUGAGAAAGCGCCAGAAUGAACACGUCUCAAGCCUCUUGCAUUGUGUUAAUUCUGAAGAGUUUGAAUGUGGAACUAACAAUGACACUCCUGGUAAUUUUUCACUGUACAGAAUUGCAUCAGGGAAGAAAGAAUAUGGUUUAGAGUUUCUGGAAACAAACAAAAAUGAUUAUGAUUGGUUGAAAACACCACCAGCUACUCCUCUGUUUCCAUCCCUUGAAAUGGAACCAGGUCCUCAACUUGUUGUUCAAAAGGAGAUACCAAUUUCUCAGGCCAUCACAAGAUUUGCAUGGAAAGAAAUGGAAGCACCAAAACCCAAAUCAAAUGAUGGAAAAACAACUCACACCAACUCAACCAAACCAAAACUUUCAACAAGAUCAAUGACCCCAAGUCACACUAGGCAAAGACCAAGCACCAUCAAGAACACACAUGAACAACAAACAAACACUUCCCUAACCAUUCCCAGCAAGAGCAGCAAUGUCAAAAGUGACCAUGAAGCAGCCAACAGCACAAAAUCCACGCCCCAAAAGCAAACCAACAAUGCCGAUUUCCUUGCUUUGAAUGUCAAGAAAAGCACAGAAACAAACGAGUCACAGAGAAAGCCAAGAACUAGAGGCGUUUCUCCAUCCGUGAAAUCAAGGGUUGCACUUGCGAGUAAUAUCAUGGAACUCUCCAAUGAGGCACCGCCAAAUCUAAGGACAGAUCAGAGGCCAAGUUCCACCACACGAGGAAGAAGCACAACUCGAUCUUCUACGGUUUCAGGGUUUCAAAAUCGGGACCCUAUUCCAAGAACUUAUAGACCAUCAAGGUCACCAUCACCAAGCAUGGCUAAUGGUAGUUGGAAUCAGUUAGACAGAACCCAGAAGAACUUGAGGGCAAAUAAAGAAACAUUCACUCUAGCAGCAAGCCCUAAUGAAGGAAGAACACAUUUUAAGGGAAGUAAGAUGGUAGAGAAAGUGGUGAAUGCUAGAAAGUUAGGUAUGAAUCAAGUGGAUAGAGAAACCAAAGCAAAAGCUUUCAAAACUAGGGUAUGAUUCUUAAUUCUUCUU